GUAGAGAUGGUAAUAAUCAAAUGUACCCUGUUGCUUGGGCUGCUGUGGCAACUGAAACAUAUGAAUCCUGGUACUGGUUUCUAGGGCUGCUACAGAAAGAUCUCGACAUCUGCAAUGGAGGGGAAGAUUGGGUGGUAAUAUCUGACCAACAAAAGGGCUUGCUAAAGGCAGUGAGUGAACUGGUUCCUAAUGCUGAACACAGGAUGUGUGCAAGGCAUAUAUAUGCAAAUUGGAGGAAGAUACAUACAGAUAAGGAGUUGCAAAAGAAAUGGUGGGGUUGUGCUAAGGCACCUAAUAGAAUACUUUUCAAUUACAAUAGGGCCCGCCUAGCUCAAGAUACACCACAAGGAGCUCAGGAUAUGAUGAAGACUAGCCCUGAGCACUGGAGCAGAGCAUUCUUCAGGUUGGGAUCCAAUUGUGACUCCGUGGACAAUAAUCUGUGUGAGAGCUUCAACAACUGCAUCAUGGAUGCAAGAUUCUUUCCUGUUAUUUCCAUGAAUGAAGCAAUUAGGAAGAAGUUAAUGGUGAGGAUUCAAGAGAACAGAGCAAGGGCAGAGAAGUGGACAGGGACAAUUUGCCCUAACAUUUUCAAGAAGCUGAAGGUCAACAUCAUAAGGUCAGGCAAAUGUGAUGUGCUGUGGAAUGGAGAUGAUGGCUUUGAGGUGCAGAUGAAAGAGAGUCACAGGUUCAUUGUCAGCUUGGAGCAAAGGACUUGCUCAUGUAGGUACUGGCAGCUUUCAGGACUGCCCUGCUGCCAUGCCAUCAGCUGCAUCUACAAAGCUUCCAAAGUGCUGGAUGAAUUUAUAGCUCCAUGUUUCUCUGUGUCAGAGUACAAUAAAACCUAUGCUCAUGUCCUCCAGCCAGUUGAGGGCCCAGCCAAUUGGCCAAUUUCUGAUAUGCCAAGGCCAGAACCUCCAGGUUUUGUCAAGAUGCCAGGUAGGCCCAAAACUGAGAGAAGGAGGGAGCCUGGUGAGGCACCAAAGGGGACAAAGCUUAGCAGGGUUGGCACAAAGAUGACUUGCAGGCUGUGUGGAAAAUCAACUCACAAUGCAAGAAGGUGUCCAAAGAACCCAGAAGCAGGCAAAAAAAAGAAUGCACAUAUAAAGAGGGAUGCAAAGAAGACGAAGAAAGAUGGGCAGCCAUCAACUUCGGCAAAUCGACAAUCUACAUCCAGGGGUAAAAAGAGGAAACUUAGUGAGGACCUGGCUCAAGGCCCUGCUCAAGUUCCUGUCCAUGCUCCCGCACAAGGUACCUGGGGCAGCCAGACAAGUUCCAUUACCCAGCCAGCAAACCAAGGAGGGACAUCUCUAAGGCGUUCAAGAAUUGCCCAUCUGUUGUUUGGGGACAACAUCUAG